AUGCAGCAAUGCCACUCCUUGUCUACCAACGUGGUGCCAAAUCCAGUGGAAGAAGAAAUAUUUACUGGAAUAGAAAUCAGAAAAGUAAAGCCAUUCGUGUGGAAAGCGUCGCCAAAUAGCAUCAGUUUGAAUAUGAGCAGAAGUCUCGCCUCUGUUUCUGAUUUUGAUCACAUUCGCGUGCGAUGUAGAGAGAAACAUGGCAAGUGGUGGUGGAACAAGAUUUACAAAGAGUCUGAUGGCAAAUAUUUCACCCUGGAGGGCCUGAAGGACAAAACCGAGUACGUGAUCACUUUUACGGUGUAUGAACACGACUGGAAUAUGCACUGGCAAAAUUUGGUGCCUGGCGAAGAGGUGACGGCAACAACCUGCACGCCAAUUAAUGGAUCGAUUUUACAACUCGAUGGGGCGACUUUCACGGUCUCAAACCUGGACAAAAAAUUCUGUCAGCCCAAACAGAUUGAUGUUACCGAGAUAUCUCCAGGCAAUAAGCUACCAAUCAGUUCCAAAAUCCAGAUUCUAGAUUAUCAGGAGUAUCAAAAGAACUUGAACUCGUGCAAAACUGGCACUUAUUACUUUGUGUUGGUGUCGGACAUCUACCAAAACCGCGUUGAGGCUACACUAGAGUGCUCUGAAGAAAAUCAAUUGACAACCAAACAUCCACCAAGAGAUUAUCCUCUGAAACCCCUCUGCUUGUCUAUAAAUGAGUCGUUUGUGCAAAUCUCCUUUGAGGAUCAGGUCACUGUGGUCUUCAGCUCGAACGCAAGCGACCGAAAGAACAUAUGCAAGCCCAGUUCUUUAAGAGUAAUCGAGUCGAGGAAAAUCCUGUUCAGCGCAACCGUGGAUGGUUUCGAGUCUAAAACCAUUAUCGGCAACUGCACGAUUGGAAAGAAGUAUCAAAUUAUCCUGGCUGACGAGAAUGAGCACGAAAUGAAAUUCAGCUACUUGUGUCUGAAACCAGAACAAUUUAGUGAGUUAAUAGAAUGA